CCCACGUGACCCGGAAAAUGCUGGCCUUAAUUCCUGUGUUGAAUUGCUCGCAGCUGCUGAGCUUGUGCCCUUCGCAGUGCAAGCCUCCCCGCAUCAUCAGGACCAGGACCCCCGCAGCUCGGCUGGACGCUCCCCGCCUCUGCAGCACCAUGUCUGAAGAAGCUUUUGUGACGUUGGCGACCAGUGACAGCUACGCCAAAGGAGCCAUGGUUCUCGGACAGUCUCUGAGGGACCACAACACCACCAGGAAGCUCGUGGCACUCGUAGGACCCCACGUCACAGACUGCUGCAUAGAGGCGAUGAAGUCUAUUUUCGAUGAAGUGUGUGUGGUAAACCUGAUCAACUCUGGAGACACGGCGAACCUGGCCCUGAUGAAGCGUCCUGAUCUGGGAGUGACGUUUACAAAGCUGCACUGCUGGACCCUUACUCAGUAUAGCAAGUGUGUGUUUAUGGACGCAGACACAAUGGUGCUGUCAAACAUUGAUGAGUUGUUUGAGAGGGAGGAGCUGUCAGCUGCUCCAGACCCAGGCUGGCCAGACUGUUUCAACUCAGGAGUCUUUGUGUUCAAACCGUCCAAUGAAACACACGAGAAACUGCUCACCUUCUGUUCAGAAAAUGGCAGCUUUGAUGGUGGAGACCAGGGUGUGCUGAACAGUUACUUUGACACAUGGGCGACUGCAGACAUUUCAAAGCACCUCCCGUUCAUCUAUAACCUCAGCAGUAUCGCCAUCUACUCGUAUCUACCAGCAUUUAAACAGUACGGUCAUAAUGCCAAAGUAGUGCACUUCCUGGGUCAGGUGAAACCGUGGAACUACUCGUACGACCCUCAGCAGGGAGAGGUCAAAGGUCAUACAGUGUCACAGCAGCCGGGACACCUGCACCCGAACUACCUGCUCCAGUGGUGGCAGCUCUACGCCAAAUCUGUGGCCCCCCUCCUCCAGAAGGCCUACGGAGAUGUACCCUACAACAGCGGUUUUGUCGAGCAUAAGGACCAGGAAGAUUCACCCCCUCAGGCUGCCCCCGCCAUUCCUGAACCCCCAAAGGUCUCGUCUGAGGAGAGGAAGAAGCGCUGGGAGGCCGGCCAAAUCGACUACAUGGGAGACGAUUCCUUCGCCAACAUUGAACGCAAACUAGACACAUUUUUAAAGUAGCAGCCAACACUUAACAUGGACAUUUAAUAGAAACACCCUCUUGGGAAUUUAACCCACAAGCCUCCAGCCAAUCACAGGCUAUCAUUCAGUUUAACUCAGUUAUUUCCAUGGUAUUAAACAAUAAAACUGCAAUUGAAUGGUUGCAUUUUGACACAUAUUUAGAAAUGAGCCAUAGCUUGAAACUUUCUUAUAAAACCACAUUCUAAAUAUAGGUCUUGCAUUAAAACAAGAAUGCCAACUAUUAACCAGAAGCCAAUGUGCAAUACUUCUUAUAAUUUAAAACCUUCUCUUAACCAAUCCUUAGUCUUCCUAUCUAAAAUGGCUGUACUUUAGAUGUGAAUGGAAAUAGAAACUCUUUAUAAUCCUCAAUUUCACGUUAAAACUGCUUCCUCUUCCUCUCUGGACAAUCGCAUUUACUUGCACCUAUUAAAACUAGCACUUAUGUCCAACCACGUUUCAGUGUCAUUGUAUUUUUCAAUGUUAUGUUACAAGGUACACUGUGUAACUUUUCUGAGGUCUCGUCUCCAUUGAGAUGCUACUGCUUUGCCUGGAAUGUGCCACAAUACAGUAUUAGAUUUGACCAUUUCCAUACAAAUAUGCAUGUGACACCACCAUGCUAAAGAUGGUGUUACAGGCCAGAGCUAUAGAGAAGCGACGCCAUUCACAGUAAGCAUGCAUUUAUUUCAAGGUACAGUUAUGAGCAGGAAAAACAGCUUUAACUGAAUGAAUGCAAGAUGAAUAUUCCACAGUACAUCAUUAAACAUCACCACAGAGAUGGGCAGAUGGUGGAGCCUCUCCAAGAAAGUUACACAGUGCAACUUUAAGGUCAUGGUUCAUUAUUUUUGUAUUUUGUGUGAGUUAAAAUGUCCCCAUAACGUCUGCAUGGUAACAUUACUAGCAUCACCUGUCUAGUUAAAAGGCUGCCUUAUACCAGUUUACAAACCUCACAAUAGCUGCUUAUAGUGGCUCUAAAUAAAUCCUGUAAUAUCCAUAUAUCUGUUAAUACGUCUCCAGAUGUGAUCUAGAUAAUGUUAAACCUCUUACAAUAGCUCCUACAGUUUCUGUAGACCACAAGACAGUCCUGACAAAACAUAAAUGUGCUACUUGAAAAAUAUGUGAAAAAUAGUUGUAUUAAUUUAUGGUCGAAACUGCUGUAAAACAUCCCUCUGAAUCUAAUAAAAAGAGAAUUUUGAUGUAAUAUGAAA